CCUGGGAUGGGAUACCUUUUCCCCAGCUCACAUGUCAGCCGCCGCUGGCUCACACUCGCACACCUAACACCUUGUCGCCCACACGGCUGCUCGCCGCCGAGUCGUGCCCAUCCGCCGUCCCUUGGCGCUCCUCUCGCCGGCAGAAUCAGAUCGCAGGGACACUGGAUCUUUUGGAUAAGGGUGUUGUCGGGCGAUUGGCAUCCGCCAGCCGGCAUGGCGAUGGCUGCGGCGGGGGAUCUGAGAAGAGUGGUGGACAUGCUGCGCUCAGAGCGCAUGGAGGAGCAGUUCCGGCUGCUGCGCGCCACCACCCUGCUCGUGUACCUCCGCUCUGCUGUCUCGCUCAUCCAAACCGACGUGGCGGCCUCCAAGGGGGCCAGCCUGAGGCUCAUCUUCUGCGCCCGCUCCCUGGUCGGUCCCCUGCGCGAGCUCCUGGAACAAGUGUUGCAGCUGCACGCGGAGGUGGGAGCGGAAAAAUGGCGUCAGGUGCCCGCCGUCCUGUACAGGUACCUCGACAUCCGCUCGGACAUCAUCCGUGAUGUGAGGCAGUUCCUACACAGGUUCAGGUCCCUCAAGUCCUACGCCCAGGUGGAGCAUCCUCGUCGCUUGUCGAGGUACGGUUAUGCCGAUGACGGCGACAUCGCUUCCUACACGACAACUAGUGGUGCCCGUGCCCGCCGCAAGGAGGCCCUCCGGGAGCCUCUCGUCGGGAGGUCGGAGCUGCUGGAUGAGAUGGUCAGCGUCUUGCUCGCCGACAGGUCCGGCUACCGCGGGCUGUUCCUGAUGCCCGUCGUCGGGGGCCCUGGCGUUGGCAAGACCCGUCUGGCCAAGGCCGCUAUGAUGGAUGACAGGCUCAAGCACCGGUUCCGUGUGCGGCUCGGGGUGUCGGUAACACGGGACUUCUGCCGUGAGCGCCUCCUGCUUCUGAUGAUGUCCCCAGAGAAGCGUGCGGAUGUGGUCUUCCAUUCCCCAGAAGCCAUGGAGCAGCACCUGCGCCGCAACCUUGGCCGUGGGGAUUAUUUGAUCCUCCUGGACGAUGUGUGGAGCGACGAUGAAGGCAAGUGGCAGGAGAUAGGCGAGGUGAUGAACGCCCUGCCUUCGGGGGGCACCAUCAUCCUCACCACCCGGACCCCUGACAUCGCACCCAAGCUUGCCACAUUCACAGGAACCACCAACGUUUCCAAGCCCUUCUACCUGCAGCCUCUCGGUCGAGAAUUCUCCUCCUCGUUCGUGGCUAGAUGGAUGGCCACAUGCCACUGUGACUGGCCUGCUGAGCUUGUUAGAGAAGCUGGCACCAAGAUUGCUGACAAAUGCGGCGGCAUACCGCUGCUGCUGGACUGUGCGCGUAUGAUCUUUUCCCAGCCGCUGGACACUGGGUUCUGGCCAGGAUUACUGGACAACGCUGACAAGAAGAAAAUCCAUCGCCCGGACAUGCUCUGGCCAGAGCUACCGGCGUACAUUGAUUACCUUCCCACCGACGAGUUCUGGCACCGGUUACUGGACCAUUCUCCUGAACUUCCCCAUGGAAAUGUGGUCUUGGAAUGCGCCGCUGCCAGCUACCAACAUCUCCCAGCUGACUUGCAGAGUUGCUUCUUGUAUUGCUCAGUGUUCCCUUCAGACUACGACUUUGACGUCGAAGAGCUGGCUGAUCUUUUGACAGCCCAAGGCUACAUACCACCAAUAGUCGCCGAAUCCCUACGGAAAGGAUUCCUCCAUCAGCUCCUUGAACAGUGCUUUUACCCUCUGCAAGAAUAUGAAUAUGGAGACAAGCCUACAUACAGGAUGCACAAGGUGUUGCACAUCUUUGCUCAGAACAUGGAUAGGAGAAUCAGUUCAAUUGUCAGAGUUACUACUAAAGCUAAGGCUCAAAGUACUAUUCAACGUGCCUCAUUGAUUGUUCAUCCUUUGACAACAUUGUUUCCUAAAAGCCUGCGAGCAUGCAAAGGUUUAGGAGCGCUCAUAUUACUUGAAGGAGAACAAAUGCGCCCGUCCGAGCAGAGUCAAUGUGAGAUCACCGAGAUUCCCCAAAUGUUUUUCCAGUCAUUUAGGCGUAUACAUACCUUGAGUUUCAGAGCUAUUAAAAUCAGGAUGCUUCCUACUAAAUUUUCGGAUCCUGACCGUGUGAAAUAUCUUAAUCUUUCGCAUGCAGCUAUUGAGAACAUCCCCGGCUCAAUCUCCAGGUUGCAGUCUCUUCAAACACUUAUACUCUCCUAUUGUGACAAGCUCCAAAAACUGCAUCCAAAUACAACCAAGCUCACACAGUUACAAAAGUUGGACCUUGAAGGCUGUUGCAAUCUUGUCGAAUUGCCUCAGGACAUGGGUAAAAUGAGGAGCCUGGAAUAUCUAAAUGUUGCUGAGUGCUCAUCGCUCGCUCAGCUACCCCGUGGAAUGGGCCAACUGAAAAGCCUUCAGAUGUUACUAGGUUAUGUUGUCACGGAUGGAAGUUCAAUUCUAGAGUUGCAGUCGUUGGGAAAUCUCCAUAAGCUAAGUCUGUGGAGCCUUGAAAAGGCUUCGGACCUUGUGAAUGUGAGAAUCGCAAGGUUGGAAUACAAAACAAACCUUGAGUCAUUAUCAUUGCAUUGGAACAUGGAUGACUCAAAUGACGCCGCACUGGAUUCUGUGGUACUGGAAACUCUGCAGCCUCACCAACGGUUAAAAGCGUUGGAGAUUGUUGGAUAUGAUGGUAAGAAUCUUCCAUCUUGGAUAACAACCACUGAACCUUAUCUCGAGUCCCUUGUAGAGAUCAAGCUAAUUAAUUUGAGGUCAUGUGAAAGAGUAUUGCCUCCACUGGGACUACUGCCAUGUCUGAAGAUCGCAGAGAUAAGUGGAGCUGAAACAGUCGUCAGUGUCAGUACUAAUUUCUAUGGCCAUAAAGGCACAUUUCGUUCAUUGGAGAAACUUACUUUCUCCUAUAUGCAUAACCUUGAAGUCUGGGAACAGGCGCAGUGGUCAGGGAUGUUUCCACGUCUUGCAGAAUUGGCAAUCAUCCAAUGCCCAAAACUGAGAGCAUUGCACAUGGAGCUCCCAUCACUUGAGAAGUUGAUACUUUGGAUGAACAACAAGAUGCUGUACGACCUCAAAGGAGCCCUGCGAGGUGUAGCCAAGACCCUGGAGCAUAUAUCGAUUUCCUUUAGUGAAGGGCUUCUAGCUUCUUCGGAAUGUGAAGGCCUGCAGGAUCUUGGUAGGGUCACCAAGCUGGAGAUAUGCGGGUGCAACGAGCUGGCAUGCCUCCCACAGGGUUUGCAGCAUCUUUUAUCCAUCAGAAGCUUGACGAUUGACAACUGCAGAGAAUUGGAGGCUUCACCUGAUUGGUUGGAUAACCUACCUUCUCUACAAAUUGUGCAGUUAUCAGGCUGUCCUCUGCUGCAUCACAUUCCUGGAGGCUUGCAACAGCGUCCUGGAAUCAUCAUAUAUGUUGAGGACUGUCCUAGUCUACCAAAACAACGGCUUCCUUGUUCUCCAACACAGCCAUCAGGAAACCCUGCUGAUACCAAGGGCAAAGAAAUCAUCAUCGAAGAUGUUUAGAUUUCGGUUUUAGAUUAUAUUGGUGCUGCACGUGGUAGCUAAUUUCUUCAACCGUCGAGAGUGGACAUAGAAAACUUACAAACCUCACCUCAACUUUGAGGAUAAAAAUGGGCUAGGUAGAAAUUCAGUUAUGCUCUUUAUGAUAUCAUAUCCAUUAAGGAACACUUUGCAUAUGAUAUUUUUCAGGUUAUGUUUCCUUUUGUGGAAGCAGCCAGCAGGGGAGCAGAAACAAGCCCUAUUGAAGGUGGUAGGUUCCAAGAGGUUAGCGAAUCCUCUGUUUCAUAUCAGCUGGCCUUUGCUUUGAGACCAAUAUUCACCGUACAGCAUGGCAAGUCGGCAACUCGCCCAUUGAGAACGGUGAAGAACAAGGCACCGAUCCAUCAAGCUUCUUCAGGCCCCAAGGGUCAAAAGCCGUUGUUCUGCAGCGCAAGAGCAGGGGUGGAAAUGCUCUGCUUUAAGCAGAGUGGAUUUGCCCAGUGCCCAUCCGGCGAUCCUGGCAAACUGAUUGCAGCUCGAACGAACAAACAACUCCCAGCAAAACUUGCCCCCUCCGGGCAUAUAUGCUUGGAGUUGGGCUUCGUCGUACUCUUGGGCCGACCUAUAACUUGGACCAUUCUUUCCUCUUCACUCUUCCAGUACCGACCGGGCUGACUAUGCACAUCCUGCCGGUCAGCGCUGCCACCAUACACUUUUUGUUCAUCAACUCAUCAGACUAUUGCAAUCGCUUGUUAAUCUUCAGGAGUUCAGGGUCGCCAGUCUUGUGACAAGGACACAUCCAGAUCCAGAGCAUCGACUUUAGGUGUGUUUGGUUAUAUGCAUUAUGCAUGAAAUGGUUUUUAACCUAGAUGGUGGUUAUUUUAUUUAGUUGGAAAUAAGAAUGAAGCUAUCUCACUUGAUAUUAUUUUCAAUAAGAGAAGUGAACAAUAUGUUCAAUAACAGAAGUCAACAAUAUGAGCGGUGGGCGGUGGCCCUUGGCUCGGCAGCACGGGGUGCGCGGGGCGGUUGCAGUUGUGUGAGGCUGGUUGGUGCCGGCCGCACAAGGCGGCGUGGUGGCGGCGGCAGCUACUCACGGCGGGGGCCGUGCUAGCCAGCACGUGCUCACCAGAAGGGCUAGGGCGCUCGAUCUCCGACAGCAAUCAAUUUUCCUUUUUAGAAAAGUUUUUCUUCCCGCAACUUUCUAUUUUUGGAAAGUAAUAACUUAUUAACGCAA